UGACGGCAGAGCCAAAUGUGCAAGACAGCAAAAAGCACACUAGUGGGGUCUAGUAGCAUAAGUGAGUGUAAACUUGUACUGGACCACCUUCUUGGGAAUUGGGACAACCAAAAAUACUUCUUCUUUUUCUUCUUCUUCUUCUUCUUCUUCUUCUUCUUAUUCUUCUGUGCAUGUGCUUCAGCCACUGUGUAUGUCGUGUCCUAUAACGCGCUUUUGCCUUCUUUAUGCGAAUCCUCCAUUCCUAUAAAUACCCCACCUUUCCUUUGCAUUUCCAAUCCCAAGUCAUUCCAAAUGGCGUCUCGAAAACUUAUCACUUGUGUUUUCUUUGCUUUACUGUGUGUUGGUAUUAGCUCUGCGGCUAGAGCCCUCCUCAACUAUGAAUAUCCUCAUUAUGCAGGUGUAGUCGGCUAUGGCGGAGGCCAUGGUGGAGGCGGAGGUUCUGGAGGAGGUUACGGUGGCGGCGGUGCUGGUGGUUAUGGUGGUGGCGGCGGAGGAGGUGAAGGUGGUGGUGGUGGAUAUGGAAGUGUAGGAGAAUCUGGUGGAGCUGGUCAUGGCAUUGGUGGAGGUGGUGGCUCUGGAUAUGGUGGUGCUGCUGGACAUGGCGGCGGCGGAGGAGGUGGAAGUGGUGGUGGCGGUGGCGGCGGCACUGCUUAUGGAGCUGGAGGAUAUGCAGGUGGAGGUGGUGAAGGAGGUGGUAAAGGAUAUGGCUCUGGUGGUGGUGGUGGAGGUGGUGACCAUGGUUCUGGAUACGGUGGAGGUGGAGGUGGCGGUAGUGGCGGCGGUGGAGGCUCGGGAUAUGCGGGAGACCAUGGAGCUGGUUAUGGAGGAGGAGGUGGUAGCGGAGCUGGAGCCGGCGGUGGCUAUGGAGGUGGUGGUGAUCAUGGGGCAGGCUAUGGAGGUGGUGGCGGGCAUGGCGGCGGUGGUGGUGAAGGUUAUGGUGCUGGGGGAGCUCACGGUGGUGGAUAUGGCAGCGGUGGAGGAGAAGGUGGCGGUUCUGGAGGUGGAGCUGGCGGAGCUGGCGGGUACGGUGGUGGUGGCGGUGGCGGCUCUGGAGGUGGAGGUGGAUAUGGUGGUGGGGGUGCGCAUGGGGGUGGCUAUGGAGGAGGAGGAGGCGAAGGUGGUGGACAUGGGGGUGGUGGCUAUGCCCCAUGAAAACAUCAUUAUCUAGCUAUUUCGGGUAACAGAGAAAGAACUACAUGCAAUACUAUAGUAUUAUAUUAAGAACAAUAAGAUGAAAAAUGGGUGAUUAAUUAUUAUCAGCGAAUUUAUGAGUAUUACUGUGAAUGCUCGCUGUAUGGUCUCAAAAGCUUGUAUCUAUGAUCACAAAUAUGAAUUAUAUAUUUAAGUUGUUCUUCU